AUGAACUGGCUGGAUCAGUCUGACACGCCGAACACGACUCUAGAAACCAACCAGAACCAAGACAGGACUUCUCCUGUUAACACGCCGUCAGAUUUCUCUGUUGGUAAGGUUGUUAAAAUGGAAAGCACUACUGUUUCGAGACAGAUCAACAUCUUGAAGAAAAAAAACAAAGAGAAUGUUCAGCCAGCCCAAGUGGUGAAGUCUUUCAUUAAACAGAACGCCUCAAAAGCUGCUCCUGGCCCCCAGCUAUCUGUCAAGCCCAGCACCAGCAGUCACCCCCCAAACACAUUCUACUCUGCUCGUCCUCCAGCCAGAAGUGUCCCGACCACGGUACGCCCCAAAAUGGCUACAGUGGCUCAGAGCAGGAGGUGUGGGACUAUGAUAGUAAAGCCAAAAGAUCCAGUGAUCGUGAAGAAAGCAAGCAAGCCUCCUGUCACAAGUACUAUCAGUCAAUACAGAACUCAUGGUGAAACUGCAGAGGAGAAAAAAGCAAAACUUGCAGAAUGGCUUGCAGUAAAGGGGAAGACUCUCAAAAGACCAGCCAUGUCCGCAGCCCCCGCCACAAACGGCAAAGUGUCUUAUAAAUCUGCUCCUCCACCUAAAUCUCAACUGUCCACAAGAUCCAAAUCUGCAGCUGAAGUGAAGCAGGCCUCUGUUCCACCUGCCCUCACUGCAGACAACCAGGAGACGGACAAAAGAACAUCUCUCAUUAUGAAUACCACCCUGGAUUUGUUAGAGAACUCAGUCUUAGACCAGCCACAAGACAGCGACAGUGACAGAGUUGAUGAUAUUGUUCUAAACUUGUGUGAUGCGCUGGAAGCCUUAGAACCUCCCUCUAGAUCUGACGAUCAGCUCCCACAGAUGAACGAGUGCAAUGACGAGUACAAUGAAUGUAAGCAAGAAGACAUAAAGAAUGAAACGGCCGAUGAGAUUGUGAAAAGUGAAGGCAGUAGCAGUGAUGAGCAGGAUGUGAUUGAAGAGUCCGAGGAAAGUGAUGAUGAUUAUGUGAAGGAGAACACUAGUCCCAUGAAAGAGGCUUCUGUCGUCAAGUACAGUAUUAAAACAACACCAUUUCUGCAAAGUGUCAAGAAGACGAUCGAAGAUGAUGUGUGCAUCAGCACGUCUAAGAAGAAAAGUAACAUCAAAGACCUCAAAUUUCUGACCCCAGUGCGUCGAUCCAGUCGUAUUCAUCGUCAGUCGUCUCGGUUACCAGCGAUGCUGGCCGACCACGACCCCUGCGUGUCAUCGCUGGCAGAGCUUGUGAAGCUGGAUGAUGAUGCAAAUGCUUACAUCUACAGGAAGAACCCUGCACUACUGGAAGAUCUGCCGGAUCAGCCAAGACCGUAG